AACCCAGUCUCCUGCUACUGCGUAUCUAUACUACGAGUUUGCAUUUUCAUUCGGCGUAGUAUUUACACGCCAAAGUCACAUUUGGCGUAUAUAUGGUACGCAAAACCCUCCCGUUAAACUUCCAUUGAUAGAAAAUGCGUAUGUAUUGCACGCAGAAAUUUAUUAUAGUCAACGUCAUCAUCAUCGUCCCGCCCCUUCAAUCGAACGAAGAUUCACGAUUUCAUCUCGUGCAGGUGCCGAAGCAGCAUAUGCAGAAAUAUUGAUUUAGAAUACUUAUUUAGAAUAUUUUUUUUUUUUUUUUACAGAAACUUAUUGUAGGCUAUAUAACUUACUCAUCAUCUCUAGUGGGGACGAAUGUUGCUACUACAUAAUACAGUUUAAUUCUAAACAAUCCCCGACGGGGAAAGAAAAAUGCUUGCAGAAGCUUCAUUAAUUCAAUGUGAAUUAGUUAUAUGUCUGCUUUAUUUAAUCUGCUCUCUGCUUUUCUUUCUUUUUUUCUUUUUUUGCUUGUUUAAUGUUACACGAAUUUUUGUUUCUUUGUUUGUGAUUGUAUUUGUAAUAGUAAAAGUAUUAAUAAUAAAUAAAUAAAUAUAAAAAGUGUAUUGCCCUGAUUUUUAGUCCUUCGCUGUUUCAGGAACCACCCACUCCCGCUUGGAAACCAAUCAAAUGUUUAAACAUUUUUUAGCGCCAUCAUCAAUAUCCCGCCCCCUCAUCGUGCGACCUCGUGCAUCAUCAUCAAAGUCGUCAAUCAUCAGAAUACCCAAAAUGUCCACAGGCUCUUUAGAAGCAGCACUUGUUCUUGGAGAUGUGUUUCUUGAUCAGAUACAGAAAGAAGAAAAAAAGCAAGCCAAGAGGUCUAAGCCACAUCCUACGACUGUGAAGUGGAGGCAAAGGGACAGAAACGGGAAUGUUAUACGGCCGCUUCGAAAAAAAAACCUCAAUAAAACAAAAACUGAAAAGAAAGGCUCCUAACCACGGUCCCACCAGUGUGCCCAUCCAAGAGGAAUUUGUUUAUCGAGCAGAAACUGCUUCACUCAUUGAAGAAUUGGAGCAUAUCCUUAAUGACGAAUGUGUUCAGCCUGAAGAGGUGUCUUUGGCAACAUCCUGGCAAAAGAGGCAAUCCCUAAGCCAUGAAAGAUGGCACAUUGCAAGGGAGGCCAUGGUUAAGAAUCUUUUGGCAGCUGAAUAUGUUCAGGAACGCAUCUGCCAACACUGUCUUACUGCAGAGGCCAUUGUACGGUGCAGGGACUGUCUACCUAGGCAGUUUCUAUGCACCGUGUGUGAUGGAGAUGUUCAUCAGCACCUACCUCUCCAUAACAGAGACUCUAUGGCCCAUGGGUUCUUCAAGCCAUUGUGUCCAACCACUGCAGUGAAGAGACAUUCCGAGGCCAUUGAGUUCUCUGAACAGGUUCGAUAUCUUCCACUACUUUUGCCAGAGAAAAUUUGUGCCUGUUCAGAAAGUUCCUGCAGGUUGAUCAGUGGCAAGGCCAUUAUUGUAAUAAAUUUUAAUGGACGGUACAAUCUCACCCUUCCAUCACUGGAGACCUCAUGCUGUGGGAAAACAUGGUCAGUGGGGCUCAGUGAUCUCCUCAAGUCUGGGUACUGGCCAGCCUCUAUACAUUUUGAGACCGUGUAUGAGGCUGGCCUUUUUAGGUCUUUUCUGGAUUUAAAACUUUUUGCUCCAGGUCUUUCACGUAAAGCGUUCCUUGGAAUGCUUGACCGGCGAACAGAGUACAAUGGCAGGAGUGGUAAAAUAUGUGGAGACACAUUCCAGAAAGCCUUGCUGGAGUGGACCUUUGCCCAGCAUGAGGUUGAGAGGCUUUGUGGUGUACAGCCAUUUAAAUGUCCUGCUUGCAGUCCUUCCAUGCAUGCCAUCUCAGUGGAUGGUAACAGGAAGCUGUACAGGUUCCAUAAUGCACAUGGCACAGAGAAGGGCUACUUCGAUGGGACAUUUAUAAUGAAGGAUGAAGAUGUUUCAUCCUUUGUGGGAUAUGUUCAUGAAAAGACCAAGCAUGCCACAGGUAAAGGGAUGUGUGGCUCUUCUCAAUGGACAGCAGCCAAGGAGUCUGCAAAAAAGUCGACAUCAAAGAUUGAUGAGGAAGGCCUUGAGAUUGCUGUGUGCCGACAUGGAGGACUUUUAAAAGGCCUAAAUAUGUUCAGAGGGGAAAUAUUUGCUUAUCCCCUGUUCCUUCAAAACACCCUCUCAAAAGAAAAUGUGUCAUUCUUCUGCUCAGAUGUCGCCUGCAAGUACUGGCCAUACUUAAAGAGAGUGGUGGGACACUGUCCAGAGCUAAGGCCUUUAUUAAAUAUGCACCCACUAUUAUCAGUUAUGCAUGCCAAAGCACAUGAGUGGAGUUGUGAGAUAAAAUGGUCUGGAAGAAACCAAGAGGGAGCUGGUCUUACAAUUGGAGAAGAGGUGGAGCAAGUCAACUCCUUCUUGUCGAGAGGUGCAAUUUGCACUAAAUACAUGUCCAAAGCUGGUGAAUAUAUUAGAUAAACACUACUUUUAACAUAUAGUUAUUUCUAAGUAUCAAUGAAUCAUGACUAUAACUUUUUUUAAUAUAUUUUCUUUGACCAACUAUCUAAUAAUAGCACGUUCAGACAUGCUCACUGUUCUUGCUUCUGCAUGGAACAAACGGAAGUCUGAAAAUCUGGCCAAAUGUUUGUCUCAAAGAUACAUUAAGACAACCGAAAGGCUGAAAGUGGAAAGAGAGAGCUUUGAAAGUCUGCAGGCUGAGCUUAAUGUCAGUGAUGUCCAGCAGUGGGCCACAGUAUCAAGUGCAAAGGAGGACACUGGACUUGAGGGCAGAAUUCGAGGCCUUUAUGUCAGCAUAAAGCUGAGAAAAAUGAAUCUAUACCGUCAGACAGAUAGCAACAAGAGAAGGCACAAAAUAAGGAGGAAAAUUAAUGAAGACAAGUCAACCUUGGCAGCUGCCAUUAAGGACUUCAAUGAACAAUCAGUCCACCAGCUUCCUUCUGUGGAUGAACUGCUCACAGCUGAUCAUUUCCAAUGGCCAUGGGAAUGCCCUGACACUAGUAAUGGCAACCUCUCAACUAAGAAGAUGGUCUUUGACCGGUUCAUGAUGCUUUCCCGACUGAAGGAGGAGGAGCAGAUCAUAGUGACGGAGGUGAAGCAACACUGGUGAUCAUUGAAGGAAGCUGAAUGUUCCCUGAGGGAUCUCUCAGUUCAAAUACAAACUAACAACAGUGACUUUGAGCUUUCAGAGGAGAGUGCCAAUGGACUACUGUGCCUUCUCAAGAGAAAACUGGAAGACCUUCAGUUUCUGCAAAAUAAUGCUAGGAUGUUAUACCGACAAUGUGUUCUGGGACAGGCUUCGGACAGCAUUCUAUUUGAUAACAUUUCCGAUGAAGAAACUGAGGCAAUAAACUACAGCUCUGAUGAAACAGACAGUGAUGAGGACUAAACCUGAGUAUAUAGAAUAGACAGAUACUGAAGAACUAUUUUAAUAAGCUGUAUUUCUUUUUUUUUUUUUUUUUUUUCACUGUGAGAAACAUUUUAGCAUAUUAACAGAAUCUAUUUAAUAUUUUCCCAUCCUAAUGGAAAUGAGAUUAAGGUUCAGCAGUACAAGUUUUGACUAUUAUUUUUGAAUCUUUAAAUGUGUUUGUGUAUGUAAGACAGGUGUUUCACUCCACGCAUUUUUAUAGUCUUAUAAACAGCCAUACAACCUCCAUCCCUAUUAAUUAUAUUCUAUUAUUUCCAUUUUCCUUAGCUCUCAUGGGAUCAUACAGUGUAUAUCUGUGAGGGGUGUUUUGCAGUGUGUACAUAUCUUACAUUGAUAGAAAGUAUAUAAGGAUACAUAACGUUUUCACCUAAUAAUUUUUUUUCCUUACUGUAAGCAAA